AUCAUCAAAAGAUGUGCUACUCUGCACUGGUGCUGGCCAUGAUGUUCUCCAUGGGGGAGCCCCUGCCAUAUCAUCACUAUGAACACCUCAACUCUCAGUUUGUGCAGUUCCUGCUGGAUGUGAUUGAGGAUGGGCUACCCUCGGACACCACCGACCAGCUGCCUGACUUAUUUAUCAACGUCCUUCUGGCCUUCAAUCUCCACAUUCCAGUUCCAGAACACAGUGUGAUCAUGACUACAAUAAGCAAGCACUCGAAUGUCAAGACUUUCACAGAGAAGCUGCUGCUGCUGCUGAACAGAGGAGAUGAUCCAGUUUGCAUCUUCAAGCAUCAGCCUCAGCCACCGCACUCGGUGCUGAAGUUUCUGCAGGACAUCUUUGCCAGCAAGGACACAGCCAGCAUCUUCUAUCACACAGACAUGAUGGUCCUGAUAGACAUCCUGGUGCGGCAGAUUGCAGAUCUCUCCCCAGGAGACAAGCUGAGGAUGGAGUAUCUGUCUCUGAUGCACGCCAUCAUCCGCUCCACACCCUAUCUGCAGCACCAGCACCGCCUCACCGACCUGCAGGGCAUCCUGCAGCGCAUCCUGGGCGAGGAGGAGGAGGACCAGCAGUGCCAGAUGGACAAACUGAUCAUCUUGGAGAUUUAUAAGGAGUUCCCAGAAAUCUCUCCCGGUACUAGCUAA